CCGUCUUCUAUGUGCGUUCGGCCGUCCGAAGUGCACGUGUACCGCGAAUCUGUCUGUGAUGUGCCGCCCGUGGUAUUGAUAGUAUUGUAUAUUUUUUUGGGGGUUUUUUAGAAGAAGAAAAAAAAUCGUUUUUUAUUAUUAAUUAAAAAAAAAAAUCGCGAAUCGGCCAGCCACCAUUCGGAGCGUCCGGACGAAAGGCGACAUUCAAAACGUCCACAAUGUUGUGGAAAUGGUUGCCCGUUUGUUUUCUGGCGGCUUUCGUGCAGGCCGGCAGAGUCAUUAUAAGCGGCAACGAUUCAGAUGAAUCCGGGGUAGUCAUGAUGAACCCGUCGUCUGUGGCCAUGGCUAAUCGGUUUGUGCGCCAAGACGGUCACGAUCACGACAACGGCGUGGAUCACAAGGUGCUGCUCAAAGGCAUCCGUGUGGACUGCGGCGCUGUGUCCUCGGACAAUGCCAUUUUUGUAGAAAUCGAAUUCCUUGAGCCGUUUUACGGUGUCAUAUACAGCAAGGGCCGUCACGAUGACCCAAAAUGCAGGUUUGUGGAAAGCAAUUCUGGAAACAACGUGUUCCAGUUUUCAAUACCUGUAGAAGGUUGCCGUCCGCCUGUCGAUACUUCAUGCGGUUCGUCAAGUGAAGACAGUGGAAAUUGUGAUUUGGGUUCUAUAGAAAACACAAUAAUUAUUCAAACAGAUGAUGCAAUCCAGGAAGCGUGGGACUUGGCCAGAAAAGUGUCAUGUCCGUCAGAGACCAAACCAGGUGCUGGCAAAAGAGUACGCUUUAAGCCCAUUGUAGUCGACAUGUUGGAAGUAGUGUCUGUUCCGUCCGGCAAUCAAGGAACCUUACAAUGUUGGAUGGACAUACAGCGAGGCCAGUAUCCAAAUACGACACCGGUAGAUAAAAUAAUCAAAAUUGGCGAACAACUAUCGUUAUUAGUUUAUGUGAAAAGUACAGACGAACCAUACGAUGUUAAAGUCAAAGAAUGUUGGGCUUAUGACAACGAUAACUAUGAAGCACCAACUACUACAAAUAUACAGUUAACCGAUUCUAAUGGAUGUCCAAAGAGAAAAAAGUUAAUAUCAAGUUGGAAGAAACAGCAAAAUGUAGAUGAAAAUGGAAUAACUACAAUUGGAUAUACUAAUGUUACUGCCUUUAAGUUCCCUGACAAACAUCAAGUUUUUCUCACAUGUAAUGUAGAGCUAUGUUUGGGCAGUUGUCCUGAAGAACAAUGUCAAGCGUCAUUACCAUCACCUGGAGUAAUAUUACCUGAACCAGAUUGUUAUCCUGGUUCAAGAGACCCACGUUGUCCACCACCAACACCAUUCCCUACGACAUAUCCGCCUCAAUGUUAUCCAGGCUCACCGGAUCCAAGAUGUCCAAAGCCGUCUAUUCCACCGCCGACAUCAUUCCCUUCACCAUCGCCACCUCAAUGUUAUCCAGGCUCUUCCGAUCCAAGAUGUCCAAAGCCAUCUAUUCCGCCGCCAACAUCAUUCCCUUCACCAUCGCCACCCCAAUGUUAUCCAGGCUCACCCGACCCAAGAUGUCCAAAGCCAUCUACUCCACCGCCGACAUCAUUCCCUUCACCAUCGCCACCACAAUGUUAUCCAGGCUCAACCGACCCAAGAUGUCCAAAACCAUCACCUCCUCCAACAACAUAUCCGUCACCAUCAACACCUCAAUGUUAUCCAGGUACAACUGAUCCUCGAUGUCCUACCCCAUACCCUCCACAAUCCACACCACAAAUUCCAUUCUGUUAUCCCGGUUCAGACGAUCCACGAUGUCCUAAACCAACUCCACCGCCCACUCAACCACCAACUACACAAGCACCGGUCUGCUAUCCAGGUUCAAACGAUCCACGAUGCCCAAAACCAAAACCACCUCCUACUCAACCACCACCUAUUUGUUACCCGGGAUCUAACGAUCCUCGAUGCCCAAAACCAACACCACCUCCCACUCAACCACCACCUAUUUGUUACCCGGGCUCUAACGAUCCUCGAUGCCCGAAACCCACACCACCUCCUACUCAACCGCCUCCUAUUUGUUACCCAGGAUCUAAUGAUCCUCGAUGUCCAAAACCACCUCCUACACAACCACCAACUACACCAGCACCCGUCUGUUUCCCUGGAUCUAAUGACCCGCGUUGUCCGAAACCUCCCCCAACAUUGCCACCUACAACUCCUGCACCAGUAUGCUACCCAGGUUCCAAUGAUCCAAGAUGUCCAAAACCAUCACCUCCUCCAACAACAUAUCCAUCACCAUCAACUCCUCAGUGUUAUCCAGGUACUACUGAUCCUCGAUGUCCUACACCAUACCCUCCACAAUCCACACCACAAAUACCAUUCUGUUAUCCAGGCUCAGACGAUCCACGAUGUCCUAAACCAACUCUCCCUCCAACUGAGCCGCCAACUGAACCGCCAACUGAACCACCUACUGAACCACCAACUGAACCACCAACUACACUAGUACCGGUCUGUUAUCCUGGCUCUUACGACCCACGUUGCCCUAAACCUCCUUCCACUCAACCCCCCCCUAUAUGUUACCCGGGCUCAACAGAUCCUCGAUGCCCAAAACCAACACCUCCACCUACUCAACCACCUCCUAUUUGUUAUCCGGGUUCUACAGAUCCUCGAUGCCCAAAACCGACCCCUUCACCCUCUCAACCGCCUCCGAUUUGCUAUCCGGGAUCUAGUGAUCCACGUUGCCCAAAACCGUCUCCAACACCACCUCCUACUACUCCAGCACCUGUAUGUUACCCAGGUUCUAACGAUCCACGAUGCCCUAAACCUUCUCCCACUCCAACUUACCCUACUUAUUUACCUCCAACUACUCCUAGUCCAGUGUGUUAUCCAGGAUCUAAUGAUCCGCGAUGCCCGAAACCAACUCCUCCGCCUACUCAGCCCCCGCCCGUUUGUUAUCCAGGUUCCAAUGACCCACGUUGUCCGAAACCUCCCCCAACAUUGCCACCAACAACUCCAGCACCAGUGUGCUACCCAGGUUCCUAUGAUCCAAGAUGUCCAAAACCAACCCCCCCACCUACUCAACCACCACCUGUCUGUUAUCCGGGCUCUACAGAUCCUCGAUGCCCAAAACCGACUCCUCCACCUACUCAACCACCUCCGAUUUGCUAUCCGGGAUCUAGUGAUCCACGUUGUCCAAAACCGUCUCCAACACCACCUCCUACUACUCCAGCACCUGUAUGUUAUCCAGGUUCCAAUGACCCACGUUGUCCGAAACCUCCUCCAACAUUGCCACCAACAACUCCAGCACCAGUGUGCUACCCAGGUUCCAAUAAUCCAAGAUGUCCAAAACCAACCCCCCUACCACCUCCUAUUUGUUACCCGGGGUCUACAGAUCCUCGAUGCCCAAAACCAACACCUCCUCCUACUCAGCCCCCGCCUAUUUGUUAUCCAGGUUCUAAUGACCCACGUUGUCCAAAACCUACCCCGUCAUUGCCACCUACAACUCCAGCACCAGUAUGUUACCCCGGUUCAAAUGAUCCUCGUUGUCCUAAACCAUCACCCCCUCCAACUUAUCCUACUUAUUUACCCCCAACUACUUCUGGACCAAUAUGUUAUCCCGGAUCAAGUGACCCUAGAUGUCCAAAACCAUCUCCAAGUCCUCCACCUACCACACCAGCACCAGUAUGCUACCCUGGUUCUACAGAUCCCCGAUGCCCAAAACCAACACCACCUCCUACUCAACCACCACCUGUUUGUUAUCCGGGAUCUAAUGAUCCACGAUGCCCAAAACCAACUCCUCCACCCACUCAACCACCACCUGUUUGUUAUCCGGGAUCUAAUGAUCCACGAUGCCCAAAACCAACACCUCCACCUACUCAACCACCACCUGUUUGCUAUCAAGGAUCUAAUGAUCCACGUUGCCCAAAACCAACCCCUCCACCUACUCAACCACCACCAGUAUGUUACCCUGGUUCUACAGAUCCCCGAUGCCCAAAACCAACACCACCUCCUACUCAACCACCACCUGUUUGUUAUCCGGGAUCUAAUGAUCCACGAUGCCCAAAACCAACUCCUCCACCCACUCAACCACCACCUGUUUGUUAUCCGGGAUCUAAUGAUCCACGAUGCCCAAAACCAACACCUCCACCUACUCAACCACCACCUGUUUGCUAUCAAGGAUCUAAUGAUCCACGUUGCCCAAAACCAACCCCUCCACCUACUCAACCACCACCAGUAUGUUACCCUGGUUCUACAGAUCCCCGAUGCCCAAAACCAACACCACCUCCUACUCAACCACCACCUGUUUGUUAUCCGGGAUCUAAUGAUCCACGAUGCCCAAAACCAACUCCUCCACCCACUCAACCACCACCUGUUUGUUAUCCGGGAUCUAAUGAUCCACGAUGCCCAAAACCAACUCCUCCACCCACUCAACCACCACCUGUUUGUUAUCCGGGAUCUAAUGAUCCACGAUGCCCAAAACCAACACCUCCACCUACUCAACCACCACCUGUUUGUUAUCCAGGAUCUACUGAUCCGCGUUGUCCAAAACCAACACCACCUCCUACUCAGCCCCCACCUGUUUGUUUCCCUGGUUCUAAUGAUCCACGUUGCCCUAAACCUCAACCUACUUUGCCACCUAGUACUCCAGCACCAGUAUGUUACCCUGGUUCAAAUGAUCCUCGAUGUCCUAAACCAUCACCCUCUCCAACUUAUCCUACAUAUUUACCGCCAACUCCAUCUGGACCAAUAUGCUAUCCCGGAUCAAGUGACCCUAGAUGUCCUAAACCAUCUCCGACUCCACCACCUACUACUCCAGCACCUGUAUGUUACCCUGGUUCUAACGAUCCAAGGUGUCCAAAACCAUCCCCCCCGCCAACAACAUAUCCAUCACCACCUCCUCCGCAGUGUUUCCCAGGAUCUACUGAUUUUAGGUGUCCAAAACCCACUGAACCUCCUACACAAAUCCCACUUACGCAAACACCUUUUGUAUGUAUCUGUAAUCAAACAACACCAAGACCUAUUACACCUCCUAUAUGUUAUCCUGGAUCUACUGAUCUACGAUGCCCAAAACCAACACCUCCUCCUACUCAACCACCAACGAGUCCAGCACCAGUUUGUUAUCCGGGCUCUAACGAUCCUCGAUGCCCAAAACCAACCCCUCAACCUACUCAACCACCUCCUAUUUGUUACCCGGGGUCUACAGAUCCUCGAUGCCCAAAACCAACACCUCCUCCUACUCAGCCCCCGCCUGUUUGUUAUCCAGGUUCUAAUGACCCACGUUGUCCGAAACCUCCCCCAACAUUGCCACCUACAACUCCAGCACCAGUAUGCUACCCUGGAUCUACAGACCCACGAUGUCCGCAACCGUCACCUCCUCCUACUCAGCCCCCGCCUGUUUGUUAUCCAGGUUCUAACGAUCCUCGAUGCCCAAAACCAACUCCUCCUCCUACUCAGCCCCCGUCUGUUUGUUAUCCAGGUUCUAACGAUCCUCGAUGUCCAAAACCAACUCCUCCUCCUACUCAACCACCUCCUGUUUGUUAUCCGGGCUCCCCAGAUCCAAGGUGUCCUCAGUAUCCGUCAUCUACUCAACAACCACCUACAUAUUUGCCACCCCUAGAGUCAGAUGCAACACAAGAACAGCUAUCACAAUUACAAGAGCAAAACCAACAACCUCAAUAUAAUCAAGAAAUAACGACACAAUAUACAUCUUAUUCGGCCUCAGAUGAAAACUCCGGUCAAAAUCAACUAGAUCUUUUCAAUCAAGCACUCAUUGGAUACAAUGUACAAAGGCGAGACAUUUCUUCUGGAUUUGAACAUCUAAAGUACGAAUUAAGAAAUGAAAUCGGAAAUGAGAACUUGGCUGCUCUUGACAACUUAGAAGAUGAUUUAUUGUUCGAGUUACAACAGCAACCGAAUUUUAAUAAGAAACGGUCAUCCUAAUCAAAUGUAGUGUCUAGAGAUUGUGAUUUGCUUGUCUACAAAAAUGUGGUUAUGUUUUAUUCGUAAUUUGUAAAAAUGCUUAGUUAAUUUUAAUUGCUCAAAAUGUAUUUGACAAAAUUUCGUUACCAUCAUUUGUUACCACUAAGUAUUAACAUUAUGUGCGUAAGGUAUGCAUUCAUUUUUAUACGUUUUUUUAUUGUAAUAUUAAACGAUACUUUGUAUUUAUUAAACUAAAC